AUGGCCGGCGUUGCCGACGCCGCCGCCGCCGCGCCGGGCAGCGGCGGGGACGGGCGGCGCGGCGGCGCCCAGGAGCAGCAGCAGCAGCAGGAGGGCGGCGGUAGUAGGGGCGAGCCGAAGGCUCUGUGGGCGAGCAGCGAGUCCCGGCCGCCUCCGGCCGGCGCGGGGCAGCAGCCGUCGCCGCAGCAGCGAACCGAGACGUUGGGCUUCUACGAGAGCGACCGGGGCAGGAGGAAGAAGCGGAGCCUCGCGGAUCUUUCAUUGCUGAGGUUCAUCAGUGCUGAGCUAACGAGAGGCUAUUUCCUUGAACAUAAUGAGGCAAAAUACACCGAGCGGAGGGAGAGAGUAUACACGUGCAUGCGAAUACCAAGAGAACUGGAAAAGUUGAUGUUUUUUGGAAUCUUUUUGUGCCUGGAUGCUUUUCUGUAUGUGUUCACCCUGCUUCCUUUGAGAGUUUUUCUGGCCAUGUUCCGAUUCAUUACUCUACCUUGCUAUGGAUUACGCUCUCAUGGGGGCCUAACAGCAAGUGAUAGACGUUUGCUGCAACCUGCUCAGGUAUGUGACAUUCUCAAAGGAGUUAUACUGGUCAUCUGCUACUUCAUGAUGCACUAUGUUGACUACUCUAUGAUGUAUCAUCUGAUAAGGGGACAGUCUGUCAUAAAACUCUACAUCAUCUAUAACAUGCUUGAGGUGGCAGAUCGUCUGUUUUCUUCAUUUGGACAAGAUAUUUUGGAUGCUCUGUAUUGGACGGCUACAGAACCUAAGGAGAGAAAAAGAGCUCAUAUAGGUGUGAUUCCUCACUUCUUCAUGGCAGUGCUUUAUGUCUUCCUGCAUGCCAUUCUUAUAAUGGUUCAAGCAACAACCCUUAACGUGGCCUUCAACUCCCACAAUAAAUCAUUACUUACCAUCAUGAUGUCCAAUAAUUUUGUUGAAAUAAAAGGAAGUGUUUUCAAGAAGUUUGAGAAGAACAAUCUUUUUCAAAUGUCAAAUAGCGAUAUAAAGGAGAGGUUCACAAAUUAUGUGCUGCUACUAAUAGUAUGUCUAAGAAAUAUGGAGCAGUUCUCAUGGAAUCCAGAUCAUCUUUGGGUGUUAUUCCCAGAUGUUUGCAUGGUGAUUGCUUCAGAAAUUGCAGUGGAUAUUGUGAAACAUGCCUUUAUAACAAAAUUCAAUGACAUCACAGCAGAUGUCUACAGUGAGUACAGAGCCAGUCUUGCAUUUGACCUUGUUAGCAGUCGACAGAAAAAUGCAUAUACAGAUUAUAGUGAUUCAGUUUCCAGAAGAAUGGGUUUUAUUCCUCUUCCACUGGCUGUUUUACUAAUUCGAGUUGUAACAAGCUCAAUAAAAGUACAAGGAGUCUUAGCUUAUGCUUGUGUUGUGCUGUUCUAUUGUGGGUUAAUAUCUCUAAAAGUCCUUAAUAGUAUUGUUUUGCUGGGGAAAUCAUGUCAGUAUGUAAAAGAGGCAAAAAUGGAGGAGAAAUUGUUAAAUCCUGUCGUGACUGCCACCCCAGGGAAGCCAGUCAGUAAACCGCAAAGCAAAUUUAAAUCUACCCAAGGAAUUUUCACAGAUGAAAACGGAUCUACGUCAGUUACAAAUCAGCCUGUGCAUCAGAAAGAGAAUAUGCCAUCUUUACUUGUAACGAGCAAUUCUGAUCAAUUUCUAACAACUCCUGAUGGAGAAGAAAAAGAUAUAAGCCAAGACAGUUCAGACUUAAAACACAGGUCUUCAAAGAAAGAUUUGUUGGAGAUAGACAGGUUUACUAUCUGUGGAAACAGAAUUGACUAAUUUUUUUGGGUGGUUUUUUAAUCAAUGAGCUAAGGAUACUGAGCUGUUGGGACAGCAGAUGCUACCAGAAUGGACAGUUGCCAAAAAAGGCACAUAAAUAUUUAUUUAAAAACUUAAAUUAUUAAUGGCAAACAAAUAUUAAUUUCUUUCUACAAGUAACUUGGCUUGGUGUCAGGUCAAGUAGGCAGUAAGCUCUAAUUUGCCUCUUGGAAAAGGUGGUGGAUUGUGAGUCUCUAGCCUGGUGGCAGAGCUGCAGUAUCACUUUUCUGGAAAAUAGACUGGGGAAAAAGUCCCGUUUUGCAUUAUAAAACCAUGCUUCCAGAACAUGCUACUUUUCCUGAAGGUUCAUCCAAUGUAAGGAUAUUCCUGGAAAUGUAUGACAACUUUACAGGAAGCUUGCCUUCCCAGUUAUGUUGUUUUAUUAAACAUCUGCAAACAGAAUUCAAAACUUGUACUUAUCAAUGAAUACAUAAGAAAGCGCUCAUACGUUAAACAGUAAGUCAAGACAGUUAUUCUUGUCAUCAGAAAAAUCUUUUCAAGAUGUAUCUGAACUACUCAGAAUAAAAUUGUCUUUAAAUGAAA